UUAAAUUUCUUAUCGUCGUUGUCACAUCCUAGAACGCAAAUGAUUAUUUUAGGUAUGCAAUUAUUUAACCGAAUAGAGAAAUUAGCUUUUUAAUGUUUCUUCAAUAAAUGUAUCACUUGCAGCUUACAACGUUCAUAACAAGAGAAUGCACUACGGAACUUGUGAUCAAUGUCUUUUCCUUCGCUUUUAUUUGCAUUAUUUUCCUUGUUAAAUACAAUGCGUUUCUCUUCAAAAUCCAAAAUAUGAGAUUUUUGUUGGAGCAACUUCAGCAAAUUUGUAACGAGCUAAAGAGCGAGAAAGAAAUCGCUAUUAUAAAAAAUUAUGCAUGUGGUGUGGAACGUUAUACUGUUAUACUUCUAGGUAAGAAGUUCGUUACUGCAUUCUAUUGCCGAAUGAAAAAUCCGCUUAAAAUUUAUAUAAUUGAAUACUUUGCUUCUUCGCCUCUGUCUGAUCAGCUGUAUUAUGUUUUUAUCAAAAUAUAAAAGUACAUAUAUCUGACGAGAAGUUAACAUAAAUUGAAGAAUGUGAUAAAUAUAGCCGCAAAAUUUCUGUAAUUCUUAUUAAAAGAAUAAGUAAAACUUGCAUGACAAGGGAAAUCUGGUGGCUGCAUAAUUAAUUUUCUGUAAAGAUGUACAACUAGACAAUAUCUAAAGAAUGACGUAAAAUAUUUUUAAGUUUUAACAUUUAAUGUUUUAGAUGUUUUAGAAUAU